AUGACUUCAGAUACACCAAAAGUGCCGAGUUAUGAUGAAGACAUUGAUUUCCAAGCCCUGGCCAUGACUGAUCCUGACUUUGCCAAAUUCUACGAUGACGCAAACGGCCAUGUCGACUUUCAUGAUCCCAAGGCAUUACAACAACUCACCAAGAGUGUUCUGAAGCGUGACUUUGAUCUCAAGCUUGAGCUGCCUGAUGAUAGGCUGUGUCCUCCGGUGCCUGUCAGGUACAACUAUGUUCGAUGGCUCCAAGACUUGAUGGAUUCGACUAGCGACUCCGAGGAUCCUGCAAUAGACAACAUUACAGGCUUGGACAUUGGAAUCGGUGCAUCUUGCAUUUACAGCCUGCUAGCCUGUUCUUCGCGGCCAUCUUGGAAUAUGCUCGGUACCGACAUUGACCCUCAAAACUUCUCACAUGCAAACAAGAACAUCGAGAGAAACGACAUAGAGUCAAGAAUACGCACUAAACUCAACACUGCAGAGGAUGCUCUGAUCUCACCCAAAGCAUUCGAUCUCGACAGGCUCGAUUUUGUUAUGUGUAAUCCACCCUUCUACUCAAGCGCUGAAGAUUUAGCAAUCUCUAGCGCUGGCAAGUCAGGUCCUCCGAGUGCUGUGUGCACUGGCGCAGAAGUCGAGAUGAUAUGUCCUGGAGGUGAUGCAGGAUUUGUGCUGCGUAUGGUUGAGGAAAGUAGGGAAUUGAAAGACACUGUCAAAUGGUACACGAGCAUGCUAGGAAAACUAUCUAGUGUGCAUCAAGUCAUUGAUCGCCUUAAGGAAAUUGGUGUCACCAACUGGGCUGUCACGCUGCUUCGAGCUGGGAACAAGACUCGUAGGUGGGCUGUGGGUUGGAGCUUUGGAGAUAGAAGGCCGAGUAAUGCGGUCGCCAGAGGCAGUGAUGUCGGCACCCACAUCCUACCUUACCCUACAGCUCAGACCAUCCAUACAAUCGGACUGACAAGACAAGAAGCUGCCGAUUUGCUCAACAAGACUCUACAAGCACUCGAUCUAAACUGGACCUGGCGGUCUGAGAAGUGGACCGGUCGUGGUAUUGCUAGUCAAAACGUAUGGUCACGCUCAGCGAGACGUAAGCGUAAGAGAGUAGAAAUGGAAGAAGAUGACAACCAGGAAACGAAGCCGCAGUCUGAGGCUUCCAAGGUCGAAGACUCUGUUGAGGUCACGCUGAGGUUCGAUAUUGAUGUCAGAGAGGGCGACAUGGAAGUUCGUUGGCUGCAAGGAAAAGAUAACAUUCUUUUCGAGAGCUUCUGCGGUAUGCUCAAGAGAUCGAUGAAGCAAAAGUGA